AUGGUCUUGAUUCUAGGCCUGUCGCCCAUUCGGACGCGCCUUGCCAUCAAGGCAGACAAAUUGCUACAGGAGGCAUUUGUCUGCCGGAGAUGUAUACAUCAGCGAGCACCGGCUCCUCCGACACACAGAUCGAAUCGGGCGACGCCUUUUCUGACGGCCUUUCGAUCCAGAGGUCCCGCUCAGUCCAGGAGUCAGAGCUGGAGUGCAGCGGCGUCUCCAAGCCCUCCGCCAAGUCCGCUUGCCGCCCUCGGGAAGAGCCUUGGGGAAUCAUCCGGCACCAGAUCGCAGCCGAAAACUAGAGUCAAGGCCUCUUCUUGGCCGGAAACAAGUUCAAAGUCCGUCGCGUAUUGGCUACUGGGCUCUGCAGCAAGCGUUUUCGGAAUCGUAGUCUUCGGGGGUCUUACUCGUCUGACCGAGUCUGGCCUGAGCAUCACAGAAUGGAGGCCGGUCACAGGUUCAUUCCCGCCACGAGACGAAGAAGCUUGGGAGCAAGAGUUUGCGAGAUACAAGUUAAGCCCGGAAUUUAGGAUGCUCAACAGCCGAAUGAACCUGGAAGAGUUCAAACAAAUAUAUUGGAUGGAGUGGACACACCGGCUCUGGGGACGAGUCGUGGGCAUCACAUUCUUGGUCCCUACGAUGUACUUCAUUGCCAGGAAAAAAGUCGACCCCAGAAUGGCAUGGCGGCUGGUUGGUAUCUGCGGCCUGAUCGGCUUCCAGGGCUUCAUCGGAUGGUGGAUGGUCAAGAGCGGGCUGAAGGACGAUCUGUUUGAGCAGGGCAAGCACCCCCGCGUGAGCCAAUACAGAUUGGCGGCACAUCUAGGAACCGCAUUUAUUGCGUAUCUCACCAUGCUUGUGAACGGUAUGCGCAUUCUGCAAGAGCAUCGACUUCUACGCGAUCCUACAGAAGGAGCCAAAUUGCUUGAGACGCUCCAACGACAUGAGCUGAAGCCUUUUCGACGAUUCGUUGGAGCUCUGUCCAUACUAGUCUUCAUCACGGCGAUGUCUGGGGCCCUGGUGGCUGGACUCGAUGCUGGACUUAUAUACAACGACUUUCCAUGGAUGGGACAGGGCUUGCUUCCCCCCAGGCGAGAGAUGUUCGAUCCCUUCUACUCACACACUGAGGAUCAGAGGGACUUAUACUGGCGCAACGCUCUCGAGAACCCUGUUCUGGUUCAACUUGAUCACAGGAUCCUCGCUACGACUACCUUCACUGCCAUCAUUGCUCUCUGGGGCUAUAGCCGCUUCAGCCCCGCAGUCCGUGCAACUCUCCCCAAAGCAGCCAAGGGAGGGAUGAUGGGCGUAGUGCACAUGGUCAGCCUGCAGGUUAUUUUGGGAAUUACCACUCUCUGGUACCUUGUACCAACACCGCUCGCUGCAGCUCAUCAAGCCGGUGCUUUAGCCCUGUUGACCACUGUCUUCAUGUUGGGAAGCCGAGUCUGGGUCCCACGGCGGUCAUGGAGACUGGUUCAGCAAGCUCUCUCGAGGACUACUAAGAAACAUAUCUCCGGUCAAAAGGCGCCCAUAGCUUCAGCCCAGGCACUCAAUCCUUGA